UGUUGAUGAAGAAUUUUGAUUUUUGAGUCUUGUUUUCAUUUCUCUUAAAUCAGUUUUUCUCAUUUAUUUUUAUUUAAUUUUAAUUCUUUUUUAAUUAAUCAUCUCGUGGGUUAACCAUCAUGGAUCCAGACCCACCGAUAGAUAUAAAUGCCUACCUCUUGCCAUUCAUAAUAACCAUUGGUCUCUGUUUAACUGUAUUGUUUUGUUUCAUGAUUUUGCAGAUAAUGAGAUGUAUACGGAACCUCCGGCGAGGAAGUAAAUAUAGAUUAAAGAAAAAGUAUCUCAAACAAAUUCCAAUCACCAAAUAUCAAAAAGGUGAACAGUUUGAUACUUGUGCAAUUUGUCUUGAUGAAUAUACCGAAGGCGAGAAGCUUCGAGUCCUUCCUUGUGGCCAUUUAUACCAUGUGAAAUGUAUCGAUCCAUGGUUAACCAAGAACCGAAAAGUUUGCCCUGUAUGUAAAGGGCAGGUCAUUUUACCUGGAAUGAGUGAAGACUCUGAUUCUGACUUUGAAAAUGAAGCAAAUGAAGAUGGUGCCAAUGAACGAACACCUUUAAUUGCUAACAAUUCCAAUUUAGAUGCAUCAAUUUCAUCUCGUCAAAUUGCCAAUUACGCUGGAACCUUAUCAAGUAACUUUCGCUUAAGAUUUGACCGAAGUACUCAAGUAAAUCCAUCCAGGCGUAAUUCAUCAAUCCUCGCCAGUAUAGAAGCCGAUAUAACACCCAUCACACUGGCACCUGAACAUUCAGUUAAUUGUGAAAAUCGAGUGGAAUCUCCGCCACCAGAUCAAUGGUUAACCGAUGCUCUAAUACAAUCAAGGCAUAGGCUAUUUCAGCAAGUGAUAAGAGAAGCAGCCUUUCCCAAUUUAAAUCAAAACAAUGAUGUUACUAUUAAUCCAAACAUUCAAUCAACAACAACAACAACAACAACUACUCCCAAUACUACAACUACAACCACAAUUACAACUGUAUCUAUUAACAAUACCCGAUCAUCAACAGUAAAUAAUGAUAUCAUUGUUUAAACGGUAAAUCUCAGCUCCUAAUCAAUUCAAAUCAUCACUAAAUAAUCAAAUAUACUUGUGAUGACUUUGAUAUUGAUGAUGAUAAAAAAAAAGACUAAAUCAUCAUGUAAAAUUGUAAAAAGUGAAAAAAUAAUCAAUAUCUCUCAAAAUCCAUAUUGUAGUGAAUCAAGAAAAUUUAAUCACACAAACACACUAAAUGUAAUCAUCAAAUCAAUUAAGUGUCGGUGAAGAGCUAACAAAAAGUGAUCCAAGUAAAAGCUUAAUUGAAAAACCUAAUCAACUUCACCUUUAAUACACAUUCAAAUUGUUAAUUGUUUAUUUUAACGCAAACAAAAUUUAAUCAAAAAAAAAAGAGGUAAUUAUUAUUAUUGUUUGCCUUUUUGUAAUAAUAAAAAAUUUCUGUCAAA